CUUCGUGGUCUCCUUCUUGCCUUGCCACUGCACAUUACAUCAACACUUUACACAGCUGGAGGUGGAAGCGCAUGAAUGCUGUCUGAAAUUCACACGCAAGAGCCAAUUAUGGCCCCACCAGACUCCGAGCUGGGUCGGCUCCAAGAAGAGUGGAAGGAGAUGUUCCAGAAAACACUUCCCGGUGCAGCGACAUCCAAAACUUCAUCUGAAUUCAAAUGGCCAGUGCAUGUAGAUCACUGCUUUGCGCGCAUCAUCCUUGACUCCACGGUUGGCAUUGAUACACCUUGGAUGGAAAAGAUCAAGAGUCCUGCAUACAAGAAUAUGUCCAGAGAACAACUGGAGAGUAGCAUUGAGUUGGGAAGGAAGAUCUUGGAUGGAGAGGCCGAUCUUGUGGAGCUCGAUAAUCGGAGUUUGAGGUUGAGAGGCAAAGAGGAGAAGGCUAGUGGGAAGGCGAGUGGUAAAAUUGACGGGGUCAGUUUUGCAAAGAGAAAGAGAGAAGUGGAUGAUGGGGAGAAGGAGGUGAAAAAGAAAAAAUCGCCACCUCGAGCCUGGGAACCAUCAGAUCAGACGAAAUCAGGUCAACAUCCCGAAAAGCCGUUGGACAAGAAAGAGAAGGAAGAUUUCACACUAUGGCUCAAGAAGAUCGCUCUAUCCGAAAAGUCGUCCUUCCAGAAGAAAGUCCUCACAGUUUUAUGUCAAGUUCCUCGAGGCAGAUACACAACCUACGCCGCCAUCUCAAAGUACCUAUCUUCGUCACCUCGAGCUGUUGGCAAUGCCUUGAGAAACAAUCCUUUCGCACCCCAUGUUCCUUGCCAUAGAGUCUUGGCAAGUGGAGGUGGAUUGGGAGGUUUCCAUGGUAGUUGGGGUCGGAAUGGAAAAGAGGGGUUGCACGAUGAGAAGAAGAGGAAGUUGUUGAGAGAGGAGGGCGUGAAAUUUGAUGGGAAAGGAAAGGUUGUUGGGUCGCCCUGGGAGAGGUUUAGUUGAAAUGGAAUGUCUGAACAAGAGGUCAUUCGGAAAGUCGACAUACAUCAUCCUCCCGGUCUUCCACGAACAUGUGAGUUGUAAGUUGGAGUUGCUCCAUUCACACCAUUUGGAGACACAGCUGGAGAUUAGCAUCAGGUCUGGGACUAAUCAUCCGUGUUAGUUAACUUACUAUGUUGUUAGUACUUGUUACUUGUAACAGUGUUUGAGAUUUGGAAUUCAGGGGGUCAAGCGUCGUUGAGCUCGCUGCAACAGCUCAAAGCCACACGCAGGUCCCACUUCACCUUUUGGUAACAAAGCUCCAUCAAAAUAGGCCACUUAGAAAUCAUCUCUUCCUCUUUACUUUAUUCGUAAUACUCAAUCUCAAACCCAUCCC